AUGUCUCUUCUACCAUUCGUGUUUGACUAUGACAGCCCUCGCUACUGUCCAAGCCGUCUUCUGGACCAGGAUUUCGGUUUGGCGCUCACUCCGGACGACAUGUUAACCGUUGCCGCCGCACCGUUGCUGUCCAGAGACUAUUUCAGACCCUGGCGCCAACUGGCAAACGCAGCACGAGAUGUCGGCUCCAGCAUCAAAGCCGAUAAAGACAAGUUCCAAGUGAAUCUGGAUGUACAGCAUUUCUCACCCGAAGAGAUAACCGUUAAAACUACAGACGGAUACAUCGUCGUUGAAGGUAAGCACGAAGAGAAAAAAGACCAGCACGGCUACAUUUCUAGGCAGUUUGUCAGGAGAUACGCUCUACCCAAAGGAUGCAACCCAGACACCGUGGAAUCCAAGCUUUCGACCGAUGGAGUCCUCACUGUCACGGCGCCUAGAGUACCGUCCAUAGCAAAUAGUGAAAGAAGUAUCCCCAUCCAACAAACCGGGCCGGUGCGUAAGGAGAUCAAAGACGCUAAUGAAGAGCAGAAAAAG